AUGGGUCCUCUGCUUCUUUUCCUUUUUUGCGCCUUUGGUUCGCUUGCACGUGCUGCUACAGUCACGUACGAUUUCAAUAUCACUUGGGUGACGGCGAACCCUGAUGAUGCCUUUCCACGUCCUGUCAUUGGGAUCAAUGGCCAAUGGCCUAUCCCUGCUAUUACGGCCAACGUCAAUGACCAAAUCAUCGUCAAUAUCCAUAAUCAACUGGGCAACCAAUCCACUGGCCUGCAUUUCCAUGGGCUCUACAUGAAUGGCACAGCUCAUAUGGAUGGGCCGGUCGCUGUUACACAGUGUCCUGUGGGCCCGGGACAGACCUUCAAAUAUGAUUUCAUGAUCAAACAACCAGGCACUUACUGGUACCACUCACACAACGCAGGACAGUAUCCGGAUGGUCUUCGAGGUCCACUUAUCAUUCAUGACCCUGAGUCGCCUUACAAAGACGAAGUCGACGAAGAGAAAGUCUUGACAUUGUCCGACUGGUACCACGACCAAAUGACCGAUCUAAUGGCCGGCUUUAUCAGUGUCACCAACCCAACAGGAGCGGAGCCAGUACCCAACGGUGCGUUGAUGAACGAGACUCAGAAUCUGACGACGCCCGUCGAGCCUGGCAAGACUUACAUGCUUCGCAUCAUCAACAUCGGUGCUUUUGCAGCCCAAUAUUUCUGGAUCGAAGGCCACAAGAUGCAGAUCGUAGAAGUCGACGGUAUCUACACCGAGAAAGCAGAAGCGGACAUGAUCUACUUGACCGCAGCACAGCGAUACAGCGUGCUCGUCACCACCAAAGAUGAUGCAUCGAGCAACUUCGCAUUCGUGUCAAGCAUGGACCAGGAUCUCUUCGACGCUGUCCCUGACGGCCUUAAUUGCAACGUCACAGGCUGGCUAGUCUACAACAAUGACGCAGAAAAGCCCGAACCAACUCUCAUUGACGAGUUCAACGAAUUCGACGACUUCAAGCUCGUCCCUUACGACAAAGAGCCCCUCCUAGACAAGGUCGACCACUCAAUCACGCUCGACUUCAAGAUGGACAACCUCGGUGACGGCGCGAACUACGCAUUCUUCAACGAGCAAACCUAUGUCCGCCCCAAAGUACCAACCCUAUACACGGCCCUCUCGAGCGGCACAUUCGCCACAGACCCCACAAUCUACGGCACGAACAGCAACUCCUUCAUCCUGCAGAAAGACGAAGUCGUCGAACUGAUAAUUAACAGUGCCGACCCAGGCAAACACCCUUUCCACUUACACGGGCACUUCUUCCAAGCCGUCGUGCGGUCCGAAGAGGAAGCGGGCGUGUACGUGCACAAUGAGACCUUCCCCGCCACACCGAUGAAGAGGGAUACCUUUAUGGUGCACCCAAAUGGGAAUAUCGUGCUAAGGUUCCGAGCGAACAAUCCGGGAGUUUGGCUGUUCCAUUGCCAUCUGGAGUGGCAUGUCGCUUCGGGGCUUGUAGCCUCUAUGAUCGAGGCGCCUUUGGAAUUGCAAUCGACGCUGAAGAUCCCCGAGGACCAUUACCAGAUCUGUCGCGACCAGGGGCUGCCUUUUGCAGGUAACGCCGCUGGCAAUACUGUUGACCUUCUUGAUUUGAAGGGGGAGAAUGUCAGUCCGGCGCCAUUGCCAGAUGGGUUCACACCAAGGGGCAUUGUCGCGUUGACUUUCAGCAUCAUCGCAGCCUUUUUGGGAUUGGCGAUGGUGGCGUGGUAUGGUGCUGGGGAGAUUGGGAAGAAGGAGCCAGUGGCGGGGGGUCAGGUUAGGGAGACGAUUGAUGAGGUGAAAUGA